AUGGUAGCAGGGCCGUUGAGUGCAGAGAAUUGCAUUUCUUUGAUCAAACAAAGCAGGACCAUCCAAUCCUUAAAAUGUGUUCAUGGCUGCAUGCUCAGGUCCCACCUUUUCUUCAACAUCUUCUUCUCCACUAACCUUAUUGCUCACUACCUCUCUCUAGGUUCCAUCUCACUCGCUUCCACCUUAUUCUCUCUUGCUUCUCACUUCCCCUCCAACUCUCCCGAUGUCUUCCUCUGGAACGUUAUGAUCCGUGGCUUCCUCGAAAAUUCCCUCUAUCACCGUUCCCUCGAACUUUAUACGCAAAUGCGACGACAACUUUCCCUCCACCCCGACAAUUUCACCUUCCCGUUUGUUCUCAAGGCCUGUUCUUAUCUGCAAGAUUAUCGGUUUGGGAUUUCAGUUCAUGCUGAUGUGGUUCAACUUGGGUAUGACUCUAAUGUCACUGUGGGUAACUCUCUGCUGAGUUUCUAUGCCAAGUGUGGGCGUCAUGACAUUGCACGCCACGUGUUUGAUUACUUGCAUGACAAGAAUAUAGUCACUUGGAGCUCAAUGAUUGGUGCAUACGGCCAAAACGGGUGCUGCGACCAAGGCAAAUUUUUGUUUUCGCAGAUGUUAGCCAAUGGAAUUAUACCAAACAGAGCUUCCAUCUUAAACGCUAUGACAUGUGUGCACACAGAAAAGGAAGCUGACCAAGUUCGGAGGAUCGUGAUGGACAAUGGGCUUGGCUUGGAUAGAUUAAUACAAAAUGCUACCAUGAGAAUGUAUGCGAGAUGCGGGAGGAUUGAUGUUGCCCGGGCAUUCUUUGAUGGGAUAACUGAUAGGGAUCUGGUGUGUUGGACGUCAAUGAUUGAAUCUUAUGCUCAAGCUGACAUGCCCUUGGAGGCCUUGGGCCUCUUUAGAGAGAUGAUCUUACUGAAAAUUCAUCCUGAUUUGGUAACCCUUCUGGCUGUAGUUUGUACUUGUUCACAUUUGGCAUCUUUCCUGCAAGCACGUUCCAUUCACGGUUUUGUAAUUCGGAACCACUUCCAAAAUCAAGUGUCUCUUGAAACUUCUAUAGUCGACCUCUACGUGAAAUGUGGAAAUCUGGCACAUGCCAGGAGAGUUUUCGAUCAAAUGCAGGAGAAAAAUGCAAUCUCAUGGAGCACCAUGAUUUCAGGUUAUGGGAUACAUGGCCAUGCUAGAGAAGCGUUAGACUUAUUUGAUCAGACGAAGGUGUUGCAGCAACCUGAUCACAUUACGUUUGUGUCGGUUUUGUCAGCAUGCAGUCAUGGUGGGUUGAUACAGGAGGGUUGGGAGCACUUCAAUUCCAUGAGUAGAGAUUUUGGUAUAAGACCAGGUUCUGAACAUCAUGCAUGCAUGGUUGAUCUCUUGGGUCGUGCUGGGCGACUUUGUGAAGCCUAUGACUUUAUUCAGAAGAUGCCAAUAAAGCCAGGUGCAGCUGUAUGGGGAGCACUGCUUGGCGCCUGUAGAAUUCAUUCGAAUGUAGAAAUGGCCGAACUUGCUGAAAAACAUAUAUUGGAGUUGGACUCUGAUAACUCUGGUCGAUAUGUUCUCUUAUCCAAUAUUUACACUUCUUGUGGUAAAAGAUUAGAAGCAGAUAAGGUCAGGGCUCAAAUGAAACAGAGAAGGGUGAGAAAAAUUGCUGGGCACACUGCUAUAUGGAGAGGUUAA